GGUGUCACGUCAACGAUCCCCACGUGAGCCAACGCACACAAUGCCCACUGUUUCCUUCCUCGACUUCUGCUUCUUGUUCUUCUUCUUCUUGGGCACUAUUCGUUCGCUCCAUGCGUCACGCAACCAAUGGCCUGCAGAAACCUAACGACGCUCUUGAGAGUGCACUGGCAACACACAGGAAUCGGCAAGUGAGAGUGGUGGAGGCCAAGGCACCAGCAACACAGAAGGCCACGUUUGAGUGGGACGCACCUUCACAGCAGUACCGGAGCGAGCAAUCACAGCAUUUGCGCCGACAUCGCGACCAGGUUGCCAUCCACUGGAUGCCCUUGAUUGCGUCGAUGGAGCAGAGUGUUGGUGACAUUGGCAAGAUGCUGCUCGUGGCGGGACAGAGCGACUGCUUUCAAGGUUAUGCCUGGAAGCUGAAAAGAGGAAGGGGAGACGCUGCUCCGGCACAAGGAUGAUGGUGACAUGAGGUGCGACCACC